AUGGAUAAUCUCGUUAAAGUGCAUGGUGGCGGGGCAAACUAUGACUCCGAUUUUAGUGACGAUGAAACCCAUGGAGAGACAUCAGAGAGCAAACUUAAAAGGAAACAUGAAGAAGAAAUUUUACAGAAGCCAUUCCAGAAAGAUCGGCACUCUCAGGUGGCACACCGCAAUUUUCACGCCAAUGAACUGGACAGAGAAGAAGCCAGAAAUAGAAGAGCCCACUUGAUAUCACUCAAUGCUUUCGAGCGACAUAAAAAGUUUGUCAGCGACUACAUACUCUAUUACGGAGGACACAUGGCCGACUUCAAACGCUCUACAAAAAAUGACAAAACCGACUCAGAUGUUUUACGGGAGAACCAUCGCUUCCUCUGGAGGGAUGAGGAUGAAGAAGAUAUGACUUGGGAAAAGGAAUUGGCAAAAAAGUAUUAUGACAAGCUGUUUAAGGAGUACUGCAUAGCUGAUCUCAGUCGAUAUAAGGAAAACAAGUUUGGCUUCCGCUGGCGGACGGAAACUGAAGUUGUUUCCGGGAAAGGUCAAUUCCAAUGUGGCAACAAACGCUGUGAGAAACAAGAAGGCCUUAAAAGCUGGGAGGUGAAUUUUGCCUACGUGGAACAAGGUGACAAGAGGAACGCGUUGGUCAAACUGAGACUUUGUCCAGAAUGCUCCUUCAAACUCAACUUCCACCAUAAACGAAAGGAGGUGAAGGCAAAGAAGAUAUUAGGAAAGGUAAGAGAAGAGAAGCAGGAGUCACCACGGAAAAAGAAGAAGAAGAGCUCACCGUCGCGCUCCAAGAAGCGCAAGCACCGGAGGCACAGGGAUCCGUCUUCUUCCUCGUCUUCCGGCAGCUCGGACGAGUCGUCGGGCAAAGACACGGAAGGAGAGGCUUGCGCCUCCGAGUCGGACCACUGGCGAGGACCCGCCCCGGCAGUGGAGGAAAAGUCAAGGGAAGAAGAAUUUGACGACUACUUUGAGGACUUGUUCCUCUAG